AUCCACCAAUACAGCACUCAAUUUCAUACUUAACUUUCUAUUUUGAGGCUUUAGAGGAAUUAUGGUGUUUUGAUUUGGUGGUUAGAGUGCACCAGAAUCACCAGGAGAAAACAUUUAGAACAGUUGCCAGUGGAAGAAGGAUAACAAUGGUCUAUUAAGGAGGUACGAAUACUCUGCAAAGAACAUUCAUUUAAACCAAAUCGGUCUUUUCAACUGGCUGCUUUACUUGGUCUUGAUUGGUAGAAAUGGAUGCACCAGAUUUCGUUGAAAAUGGCCAUGGCUGUUGCUGUGGAGAACACAAUCAAAGUUGUGUCAGAAGCAGUGAGCACAAUCAUGGUUGUAGUUCUAGAGAGCAUUGCCAUACUGAUACCAGAAUGAUCGAUAACAAUCAAAGUUGUAGCUGUGGAGAACAUAGCCAAAGGGAUGCAAUUCCUGCAGAUUUAAGUGGUUGCUUUCAUGGUGAAUCGACUAGGUACAAUGAAUCGCCGACUAAUGCCAUCGAUUACGAAUCACGUUAUUACCAACUCAAGAUGGAAAAGGAAGAAAUGGAGAGAAACUAUGAGAGGGAACUUCGAGAAAGAAAGGCUGCUGAACGAAAGUUCCAGGAAGAACUCGAAGAAAAAUAUCUUAUUGAGGACAAGUUUUCUAGCUUGAACCAAAGCAUCCAGAGGUAUGACGAUGAUUUGAACAUAUUGAGAAAUGAAAACCAGUUUUUAAAAGGCCAAUUUGACAGCCUCAAGAAUGCAAUUAGUUCAAGAAUGAGCGCAGAGAUUGACAUUGGUCAUAGCAUGCAUUUGGAUCAAGAAAUGUUGUCUUCUUCAACAGUCACUUUAACUGAAUCUGCCGACUCAUAUAAGCAUGAAGUUGCUGUACUUGCAAAUGAGAACGAUAUUCUUAGACAAAUUAUUGAAAUUAUCAACCAACAAAGCCAGGAAAAGGCUUCUUGGGAUGAGAGGCGUUCAGAGAAAUACACACCUGACCAAAAAUGGCAAACAGACCCAGACGUAGCUCGACUUCAAGAAGAAAACUCUAAAUUAAAGAGCAGAAUUCGCGAACUGGAGAGAAGCCGAAGAGAACAAGAGUCAGAAAUGGAAGAGGUAGCUCUUGAUUUGGAAGACCAAACUCGUAAAAAUAAGAAAGAUAUAUCGCGGCUGGAGGAAGAAGUCCGUUCAAAAUCCCUUCUCGUUAAAGACUUAGAAAGGCAGCUUUAUCAAAUUAGGAUGGAAUUCCAUGAGGAAGUACAGAAAUGGGAUCUGAAACUAGAAGCUGAAGUCUUAAUGAAGACACAGGCGCAUGAAGAGGUUAACGUUCUUCAAGGGACUAUUCAAAAUUUAGAAGCAGAGCGGACUGAAAUGGUAACAAAGCUGGAAGAAUUGUACUAUUCAGAAAAUGAAAUCAUACAAGCAAGGAAUGAUCUUGAAGCUCGCUUUUCGCUAGAAAUAAGUGAACUCCAUGCUAGAAUAGAAGAGGAGAUACGAACCAAGGUUGAACUAUCUCAGGAGAUGACUGUCUUGAUGAACGAGUUUGUUGACCUGAGAAAUCAAUCGAAGCAGAUGGAAGUAAUGUAUCUCAACGAGAUUGAGGCUUUACGUUUAAAUAAUGGGCUGGAUAUAGGAGAAGGGGCAACAGCACAAAAUGAGUUUAAUACUAAUGUUGCGACAGAAACCUACUUAAUGCAACAGMCUAACGGGUGUGCGACGACAGGUCAAAGACUAACACAAAACGGUGGAAGAAAGGUUAGAAAUGAUGUUCAAAGUCAACUGAAUCAAGAAAUACAGAAACGUGAAACUUUGGAAAAAGAAAAUAAAGAACUCUUAUAUAAAAUGAAAAACAUCCUCUCUAAUAGUGAUCAACGACUUGGAGAGCAGGGCAAUCAAGGAAUUGGCAUAAAUGUUAGCUCAUUUACUGGCGAUACCAACGAAGCAGCUGACGGUUCGCAUCAACUUAGAAAGAAGAUCCGAUCACUUGAAAAUAAAGUGGCUGAAUUGACUGAAGAAUGCGAAAGUUUACAACGAUCGGCCGAAAAAGGAAGAGCAAUCGAAAGAAAGAAUAGAGAACUGUUGAGUGAAUUGGAUGAUUUGUCAACACAGAGAGAUGAAAUGUUACGCAAGCAAAGAACACUUGUCUACGAAGUCGAGAAGUCAUCAUCUUCUUUACAUGAUGUAAUGGACAAAAACCGUAGGCUUAUUGAUGAGAUGGAUUCAAAGUCACGCAGGAUUCGCGACAUGGAGGACAACUUCAGACAAGAGCGAAAUAGCUUAAUACGCAGCUACGACAAAGAAAAAUCUUCAGAAAUUCGAGAUAUUGAACGUAAAAAAGACGACCUAGAAAAACGACUCGAUGAUCAGGUCAGAGAAAAUGGAAAACUUGAAAACAAGGUACGAGAUCUUGAAGAAGAAAUACGGUAUUUGAAACAAUCCAGUGGCAAUACUCAACUUGGAAAUAGGACAACUUCGAAUAACCCAUUUGAUAGCAACAGGAAAGUACAAAAUGUGAGCAAUUCAAUAUCAAAGAUGGCUACCAAUUCAAUGGAUUUUGCACAAGAUACUUUAGAGUUAGAACAGUUGUUACAAGAAAGGCAGCGAAUGGAAGACGAUCAAUUUAAAGCACUCGAAGAACAGAGAAAGCAGAUGCGUGAAGAAUUUGAAAUGGAAAAACAAAAAUUGCGCAAAUGCUUUGAAGAUGAAAAACGUAGCCUUGCAAACCAAUUCACAGCUGGAUCUGGAACAAUUUCUCAUAGUAUGCUAGGCAAUGUAAAUGUGCCAGGGAUACAUUCUGCUCCUUCUUCUGUUUUUGUUCAGGACACAUGUUAUACCCAAACAGGACAGACARGCCAACCAAUGCCUCAAAAUCCUAGCGUUAACGUCGUCUUUCCUAAUGCCCAGAGCCCAGUUACUCAUCAAAACAUGUUAAACAACCAACAGCCUUCCCCUUUUCACGCAAAUAUGCCGAAUCCAAUUUCAUUCCAAGAAAAUCGAAACACAGGAACAACUACUAGUUAUCAAACCCCUCAACAGCCAAGCCAGUUUCAUGUAUCAUUCCAAACUCCACAAUCUCAUUCACAGCAACAACUUCCCUAUACCAAUCAAUACAGUGGUCAAGGAGCUCAAAGUAUUGUACAUCCACAAGUACUUCCAGGAAUUCACCAAGAUUCACAGUUUAACAAUAAUCUAGUUACGCUUCAGCAAGAGGUUCAACGACUUAGUGCAGAGAAAACGAAUAUGGAGAAAAGGCUGAAGAAUAUGGAAAGACAACUAGCAAGUACGUCGGGUAAUGUGGGAGCUGGGAAUGAUUCCACGAUGUUCAUUUCAGCUUGUGAGAUCCAAGGGAGCAGUAAUGAGAAUGAAAAAGAAUACACUGACCGUUCAACAAGUAGGCAUCCCGAUAACAUGCAAGAAAGAAGUCGUUCAUCAACAGUGGCAAUGCACUACAGCUCCGAUGGCAACAUAGACGGACAGCUUCAAGUGACCAUGAAAAAAUUGGUCGAAGAACAUCGCCAACACUCCGAUGAGCUACGAAAACAAAUGAGACUCCAAAAGGAUUCCUUUGCCAAAGAGAAAGUAAAGUUGCAAAGAGAAUACUCAGCUCUACUAAACAAUGUAAAGUGUCUUAAGAAAGAAAUUCAUAUUCUUAAGCAUGAAAGAGAGAGCAUGAGGGAAAAGAUCAAGAAGCAAAGAAAGGAAUUUGAAAUGCGAGAAGACAGGUCAAGCGAUGAAGUUGCGACGGUUAGAAAAGAGUACGAGUUGAAAAUUAGACAACAAAUCGAAAAGUCAGAGCGAACUGUGAGGGAACUGCAAAGAAAGAUAAGCAUCUCUGAAAGAACUUUGAAGGAAAUAGAAAUGAAAUUUAGGGAUGAAGUCACACAAAUCGAAAAGAAAUACUCACAAGAUAGGAUAAACCUUGAGGCCAAGUUGAGAGAGUCCGAAAACGUAGCCAGGUCGAAACUUGAGUGCCAUUACCAAGCAAAACUGAAUUCUGAGAAAGAAAGAUACGAAAACACGUUAAAAGAUCUUCGCAAAGAAAUCAAGUGUCUCCAAGCUCAGAGAAGAGAAAUUCAGCUCAAGAUUACUAAAGACGGAAGUGAUGCAAGUGUGACUACGCAAAAAGACGCGUCCUACAGUUUUGUAUUUCAAAAUAAAGAAUUCUACAAACGUUGCGAGAAAGAGGUUGAAACUCGCUUUACACAAGAAAAACGAAGACUUGAAGAUACGUUGCUUGACUUGAAAAAAGAAGUCGAAGAGCUAAAGAAAGAGAAAAACGAUAUAAAAUCCUGUUACAGAGAAGAAAAACUGCAAAGAGAAGAACAGUUCCAGCGAGAGAAAAAGAGAAUGGAGGAAAGGCAUAGAUGUGACGUAGAUGAACUCAAGAGAACGAUUGAUAUGCUUGAAGGCGAUAACUUCAAGCUUAUUAGUAUGCAGAGUGGGAUUUCUGUUAAUGGGCAUCAGAAAACUACGAAAAACGCUCACACUACAAUUAUUCAGAAGAAGAAUACAUCCCUGGAGUUAAAAAAUAAUGAGCUAGAAAAAGACAUUGCAUACCUCAAGGGAAGACUGAGUGAUCUCGAGACCCGUCAGAACAAGUUGGUCACUUCUAACAAUGACAUGCCAUCCAGUGCUAGUGAACGCAAAGUUAGAUUUAGUUCCGUCAAUGGUUCAAAAGCGCAACUUCGUAGAUCACUUUCCUCGACGGACCUGCGAAAUAUGGCUGGUACUGGGCAUCGAAGCGACACAUACAGUUCAAUACGUCCUGUUAUCUCACGCGACGACCUUGGUAUUUCAUCAAGCCGACUCUCAUCAAAUGGAGUGGCUUUGUCGUCAGGGUCGCUCACGGCUGCCAAUGCAACAGGAAAUGCCGGAUUUCUAGGCAACAGCUAUGCAAGAAAUACUGAUAUAACGCACAUCCCAUCUAUUGGUAUCUUAAAUGGCGCCAAUGGUCAUGGUUUGGGUUGCAAUAGAGAUACAAAUAUUGCUUAUGGAGGUGGUAACCUUGUCGGGUCCUUCUUGGGUCUAUCAUCUGGAGCUGGUUGUAACAACGGUAUUGGGUCCGGUUCAGCUAUGACCGGAAAUUAUAGCAGGAGUAUGACCAGCGGUGGCUUCCUGUCUAGUGAUGGUGCUACGGCUAAUAGUUAUCAGACUGCUAGUAGAUUUGCUUCCGGUAAUGCCACUGGAAUUGGUUGCGCAAGUUACUUGUCGACUAAUAGUGGGUCUGGCGGCGGUCUUAUAUCUGGUAAUGGUCUUGGAAGCGGGUCUUUCUUUGGUAAAAGUUCUGGAAUGAUUGGUGGUUGUAUAUCAGCUGGUGUUAGUAGUGGUUCUUGCCAUGCUAACUCAUCUUCUCUGUCUGGUAAUCGCUGCAGUGGAUCAGUCUCGGGACUUAUGUCUUCUAAUGCACAACGCGAUGGCCUGAGCUCUGGUUUCUUAGCAACAAGUGGUCUGGGAACAAACUCUGGUACUAACACAAAUAACAUGGGCAUGCGAUCAAGUCUCACCUCUGGUCAGGGCAUUGUAGGAUCAGGAGAAGCACUGUCUGGUUCUUUCGGUGGCAGAAGUCUAGGUUAUGGAGCCAAUUCAGGAAUGUCUUGUGGAAACUGCUCAUCAAUAAGAGGUGUUUAGCCUUUCAUUGAACAUUUGGAAAAUUUAGCUUUACAAAAUGUACUUAAUAUACCAAUACAUUAAUACUAUAUAUAUGAAUUAAUAAUACAAAACAUUAUAUAUAUAUAUAUAUAUAUAUCAAGCAUAGUUCGUAAUGGAUAUGGCUUAAGGAAGGUUUUGUUUUUAGCUACCAUUUUGAAUAAGA